AUGUCGAGUAAGACCCCCAUUUUCCUGGAUGAGAGCCUAACCAGUCUUCGAAACGAGUAUGCUGCUGUUUACUUGAUUUAUCAUCGCAACAAAAAUCAACACAGAGCUCUGUCUUGGUGGAAGUAUUUGAAUAUGAUCCACAGAAGUUUACGUAAGAUAAUCUUGUCGCAUGAUCAAAAGGAAUAUAAGAAGCUGAGAGACAAUAUCAACGAGCUACAGAAACGAAAGAUCUUGGAUAAGGCGUACCGUGAAUUCAAUGGUAUAGUGGCCUUGGGACAAUUUGUAACCUUGGGGAUGACUUUAAUUGCAGUUGUUUCGCGGAUAUGGAACCUCUUAGAACCUGAAAGACAAGUUAAACAGUUGGUUACACAGAAGCAGCCCUCAAGUUCUCUUCAAGAUACCGGUGAUGAUUUAGGAGAAAUUGUGGACGAUGAUCUAGGACAAGUUGUGGCUCCCCCAACCAUUAAUAGUACUAGCAAUUUACCUGAUGAAACUCCUUCGAUUCCAUCUAAACACUCUUUAGAUGACAUCUUUGGACCUUCGAAAAAGAAAAAGAAGAAAUUAGAUCCAAACACCAAGAAGAUAAAGAAAUCUAAAAAGAAGAAAUCAGAUAUAGAUGAUAUCUUCCUGUAA